AUGACCAAGUCGCGGUUAAGAACUAGACCUUCUAAUGAUAAAGUCAAUUCUGGGAGGAGAAGGUCACCAUAUUCCAUUGCCAAGGCAUUUACAAUCUCACAAAGUCAGAGAUACAAACACAAACAGAAUAAUAAUAAUGUUCGUGACCUGCUAGCGGAGAGUAUUGCAAAUGUGGGCGUUCCGACAGAAACAAAACUGUACAUUUCAAACUUGGAUGGAAGAGUAAGUGAUGAAGAUAUAAGACAACUUUUCUCGGCUUUUGGGGAGCUCAGAAGGUGGGGUCUUCAUUUCGAUAGAAAGGGUGAGUUCAUGGGUACAGCCGAGGUGGUCUAUAUCAACAGAAACGAUGCGACCACUGCUUGGAAACACUACAAUAAUGUUUUGCUUGAUGGAAAACCCAUCAAGAUUGAAUUCGUCGCUGAUAAUCCUCUGGCUGAUUGUAAGUUCAGCAUGGAUUCAAAGUUGCCCUUUAUUACCCACCCACAUCUCAAUAUGAGUAACCAGAGAAAGAGGAGAGAGAAAGGAUUUGUUGGGGCACCUGAGAAUGUUUUUAGAAAGAGAAAUGAAGGCAACCACAGAAGAAGAAAGGAAGGAUUUUUAGGGACAGCAGAGAGUGGUUUUAGAGAGAGAAAUGAGAGCAAAUACAGAAGGAGAAAAGGAAGGGCUGAGAGUGUAAGGAAAUCUAAUAGCGUAUCUGCUGCACAACUUGACAUGGAUCUCGAAAGCUAUCAUGCCCAAGCCAUGCAAAAAGUAUAG